AUGUCGGUUUCGCAGGCGGCUCAGGGGCCGGGCUUAUGGGGCGCCGCAGCGGGUCGAGAGCCGGCGGCGGGCGGCUUCGGGGACGUCCCGGGAGAGGAGGGGAGCCCAGCGGCCGCCUCAGAGAAUGAAGAUCUAGAAGACACCAAGGUCAUCUCUCCAGUGGCUUCUGCCUCUGAUCCAGAACCCCAUUCCUCAUCCUACAGGCCGCAGAUGGUACCUCCACUGAGCGAGGAUGCCGCAGAAGAUCUCCGGAAAGCAGCCAGUGCCUUGGAGGCUCAGGCCUUGGUGGAACAGAAAUUGAGGCCUGCAGACCAGGGCGAGGUCCUCAACAAGAUGGCCAAGUAUCAAGCUCCACAGAGGUCUGGGGACAUUGUUAUGAUCCAGUCUGAGCACACGGGAGCUGUAGAUAUUCUUUCAGCUGACUUGGAAUCUGCAGAUCUUCUGGGGGACCACAGGAAAGUCUCCCCACCGCUGAUGGCUCCUCCCUGCAUCUGGACCUUUGCCAAGAUGAAGGAAUUCAAAAGCAAGCUGGGCAAGGAGAAGAACAGCUGCCUGGUGGUGAAGCGGGGUGAGGUGGUGACCAUCCGGGUUCCUACCCAUCCAGAGGGGAAGCGUGUCUGCUGGGAGUUUGCCACCGAUGACUAUGAUAUUGGCUUUGGAGUUUAUUUUGACUGGACCCCUGUCACCAGCACUGACAUAACCGUGCAGGUCAGCGAUUCGAGUGAGGAUGAGGAUGAAGACGAGGAAGACGAGGAGGGGCUUGAAGAUCCUGUCCCAGCUGGCGAUGUGGAGAGAGGCUCCAGGAGCUCCCUGCGGGGUCGCUAUGGGGAGGUCAUGCCUGUGUACCGGCGGGACAGCCACCGAGAUGUGCAGGCUGGCAGCCACGACUACCCCGGGGAGGGCAUCUACCUGCUCAAGUUUGACAACUCCUACUCCCUGCUUCGCAACAAGACUCUCUACUUCCACGUCUACUACACUAGCUGA